AUGGUUAAAACAAAGUCGUCUCCAGCUCCCAUUACUCCGGUUGUUUUACCCAAUGGUAAAAUUGGCACUCUUCCUCCAAGAAAGAGGGCUAGAACUAAGGAGGAGAAGGAACAGAGGCGUAUUGAACGCAUUAUUAGGAAUAGAAGAGCUGCCCAUACGUCUAGAGAGAAGAAGAGACGUCAUGUGGAGCAGCUAGAGAAGUAUGCCAAACAAUUGGAACAAUGUAUCGCUCGUUUUUCCGAUACUCAAUCCCAGUUGGUUGGUAUUCAGAAUCAGCUAGUGUUUAAAUUGGAUGAUGCCGGUAUAGAUUAUACUGAUAUCGAUUUGGAUUUAAAACUAGCUAAUUGUGUUGAUAGACCCGAUAAUCUGGAUCUUGAUACAAGUAGUCGGCCAAUCAAGAGGCAAAAGAGCAAUCCUAAAGAAGAGAGCCCAAUGGAUUCUCCUCUUUCUGAGAUUCCAUCUCCCCCUUUUGAGGCAGGUUUGAAAGCAGAGAAAGAUUCUCAAUCGAGCGAAUCGACCCAAUCUGAUGUUUCAACCCAGCAGUUUCAAGGUAUCUUCACCCCUCCUCCUUCAACUUCUUCUUCGAAGUUCAAGCUAGAUGAGAAUGAUAUUCUGAAACAGGACUACUCUCCCCUUUUCGAUGAUGACGAUAUCUUCAUGCCUCAAGAAAAACUAGAGGCAGACAAUUCACUGAAACUAUUUGAGCAAAAUAUAGCCGGCAACGAAGCCGAAGAAGCCGUCGAAUCUAAGAUGGCUCUUGGAUUAUUGGAUCAAUCUUCAGACGUUUUUCAUCCAGACAAUAUGGACUACCUCAACUGUCUUAAUGACGUGCAUCAUUCAGCAGUAAUGAUGUCGCUUUAG